GCGGCCCCCGCGCGGCGGCGCGCUGGCGUGACGUCAUCCCGGCGACAGGGAGAGCGCGGGCGCUGGGCCCGGGACCGACCCAGGCCGCCAUGACCAAGCUGGGGCAGUGGCUGUGCGGACUCGCCCUGCUGGGCUCGUCCUGGGCCGCGCUGGCGCUGGCGCCGCCGGGGCUGCGGCUGCCCGCCCCGUACCGGCAGGCCCUGCUGCCCCUGCCCAUCUACUUGCUGGUGGCCUUCGGCUGCUACUCCCUGGCCACCGUGGGCUACCGCCUGGCCACCUUCAACGACUGCGAGGAGGCGGCUGCCGAGCUGCAGGAGCACAUCAGUGCGGCGCGGGAGGACCUGCGCCGGCGGGGGCUGCGCUUCUGACCCCAGCAAAGGCGAGGGACGGCGGCCGCCGGUGGCGUACGGGGCUCCUGGGGCCUCCAGCUGGGGCUCCCCUGGGCGCUGCUGCCCUGGUUGGGGGCCACAGGCAGCCGGGGACACUGGGACGGUGCUGGAAGCCACAUCGGUGGGUGUAAUGGAUUGAAGAACCCACAGCAAUUUAUUGUUUAUACAAUUAUUCUCUCACCCGAUGACCCCUCCCCUCCUGGGACGGGGAAUUGGGAAAAAACAAGGAAACACAAAGGUUGAAAUAUAAACGGAUUAAAUAGAACAAGGCUUGAUAAUUAACAUUAAUAACGCUAAAGAACCAGCGUUGAUCCCGAUACCAGUAUAAAACACCCCAGGACUCUGCCCAGCCCAUUCCCCCAGCAGGAAGCCGCACACUCCCAGCAGGGACAGCCAACGUGGGCCACGGCGAGCGCUGCGGCUUCGGGAGGAAGGGAAGGGCUCAGGGCUCCGGCACCGGGGCGAGGAGUGCUCAGAGGGAGAACUCCUCAGCAAACUUCCUAAUUUCUACGGAACGUGCCGUUCACGGUGUGAAAUAACCCUGUUGGCAGCUUGGGGCAAGUGCCCGGGUCUCGCUCCUCCUCGUCCCCGCACCUGGGGAGCUCGAAAACACCGAGACCUUGAAUCCCAGAUGGCACAGCUGGCUCCAAAGUAAAUAUUUUCACAGAUUCAGCCACUAGAGUCUUCUAAAAGUGCAGUUUCCCCAAGCGUUAGAAGAGACAUUACUGGAAAGUAAAAUUACUGAAA